AUGCCACCGCCGCGGGGCGACGUGACCGCCUUGUUCCUGGGGCCUCCGGGCUCUGGAAAGUCCGCUCUGAUUGCAGCGCUGUGCGACAGAAAUGUGGAGACGAUAGAGAUCCCCGAGGGACGGCCGUACUCAGGGAUCCCCAGCCUGCGAGCGGCGGGCCCCGGCCUCUUCCUGGGCGAGCUGAGCUGCCCACCCGCAGCGCCGGGGCCCUGGGCGGCGGAGGCCGAUGUGCUGGUACUGGUCCUGCCCGACCCCGAGGGGAAUGGGGAGCCCCUGGCCCCAGCGCUGGGAGAGGCGGCGCGGGCCGCCCUGGCCCGUGGGACCCCGCUGUUGGCUGUGCGGAACCUCCGUCCUGGGGAUUCACAAAAUGAAGACCAGGCCCGGGAUCAGACAGCGGCCCUGCUGAACAGCGCGGGGCUGGGGACCGCGGCUCUCUUCGUGCUGCCGGCGGACUGCGGCAGCCGAGAUGACUGUAAGGAAUUGGAGCGCCUGCGGGUGGCGCUGCAGAGCCAGGCGGAGGUGUUGCAGAGGCUCCUGCCACCGGCUCAGGAUGGCUUCGAGGUCCUGGGUGCAGCAGAGCUGGAGGCUGUGCGGGAGGCCUUUGAGACCGGUGGCCUGGAGGCGGCACUGUCGUGGGUUCGCGCUGGCCUGGAGCGGCUGGGCAGCGCGCGGCUGGACCUGGCCGUGGCCGGCACGGCUAAUGUGAGCCUUGUGCUGAACACGCUCCUCGGGUUGGAUCCCGGCGAUCCAGAUGCGGAGCCUGUUUUCAUGCCCGCGGGGCCCACACCCUACCCGGCCCCGGAGCGUCCCAAUGUGGUGCUCUGGAGUGUGCCUCUGGGCUCCGCGGGCAUUGCUGCCGCCCCCCAUCCCACCCACUACGACGCCCUCAUCCUCGUCACCCCGGGAGCGCCCACUGAGAAGGACUGGGCUCAGGUUCGGCCCUUGGUGCUGCCAGAUGCACCGCUGGUCUGCGUGCGAACAGACGGCGAGGGCGAGGAUCCAGAGUAUCCCGAGGAAGAGGGAAAGGCAGAGAAGCCCGGCAGCGAGAGCUUAGAGAACGCUGGCGGAGGGGAGUUGAAGAAUGCACGCGGUGAGGGAAGGGAGAAACGUGACGCUGGAUUGCAGAAAGGUAGCGGGGAAGGUUCAGAGAAAGCAGGCAGCGGGGAAGGUUCAGAGAAAGCAGGCAGCGAGAAUUUGCCACGUGUUGGCGGCGGCGCGAAGAAAUCGGGCAGUGGGGACUCAGAGCGUGCGGCCGCACUGAGCCCCGAGGAUGAGACGUGGGAGGUGCUGGAGGAGGCACCGCCACCUGUGUUCCCCCUGCGGCCCGGCGGACUCCCCGGGCUCUGCGAGUGGCUGCGGCGCGCGCUGCCGCCCGCCCAGGCGGGGGCGCUGCUGCUGGUGUCCCCAAGAGGUUCUGCCUUCUGGAGUACACAGAGUGCCGCAGAGAGCAAGAGGCCCACAGAACAGCUAGGUCGUGUUCCAGACCGCGGGAGUGCGCCGUGA